AUGCUCUGUGGAUUCGCUGGCUGCCUUGUUAUCGGACGGGCAACGUCGAUGGGCAUGGUGAUUGGCGGGUUCUGCCUCUUGGGUAUGUCAUUUGGCAGUCAAUCUCUACUCUUCGCCGUUGUCUCGGAGGUAUUACCACGAAAGCAUCGGCCAACUGCACAGGCUACAGUGAAUUUGACCGCGGGACUGGGAGCCGUGGCUGGCCUGUUAAUGGGUGGCGCACUGCUCCGCUACAACAACCUUGAGAAUUACAGAGUUUACUGGUAUGUUGUCGCCGGAAUUUUCAUGGUGUCUUUGGUACUCUGCCUCUGCUUUUACAACCCUCCUCCUCGAGAGGCUCAAAUAGCAUUGAGCACUGGUGAGAAACUUCGGCGACUCGACUGGAUUGGUAUUGGCACGUUUGCGCCUGGACUGACCCUACUCUGUGUUGGUCUCGCUUGGUCACAAAACCCAUAUACAUGGUCUGAUGCUCACAUUCUUGCACCCUUCAUCGUUGGGAUAUUGCUCCUUGUUGCCUUUAUCCUCUAUGAAUGGCGCUGGAAGAGCGACGGCAUGCUCCAUCACGGCCUCUUUAAAAGACGGAACUUCCCAAUUUCUCUCGCCAUUGCAUUUGCAGAGGGUCUUUCUUUCUUUACCUGCAACAAUUACUACCCGUUUGAGACCGGCCUACUCACUGGGGGCUCACUAUGGACCGUGGCCCUCCAUUUCACAAUCUUGUUCUUUGCGUCCGUCGCCUUUGCUCCACUGGCGGGACUAUGGUCGUCAACCAGAAAAGUCGUUCGAUACCCUCUUUUCGUCGGCGUCUCAUCUCUAGUUGUCUUCAACAUUCUUAUGGCAACGAUUGCCCCUAAUACCACCCUCACAGUCCUUUGGGGAUACCCCGUAUUUGCCGGUCUCGGACUUGGAAUGAUCUUACCCAUUGUCAUGGUGGCCGCUCAACUGGAUACACCACCUGAGUUAAUCUCCAUCACAUCCGGUCUGAUGACUUCUAUCAGAUCAUUCGGGGCCGCUAUUGGACUUGCAAUCAACAAUGCAAUCAUUCAUAACUCCCUUUCAAAGCAUCUGGCCCCGAAGAUUGCGGAAGCCGUACUACCUUUGGGAUUCCCACAAGCUGAGCUAUCUGCCCUCAUUGGUGCCCUUGCAUCAGGAAGUUCCAGUGCUGUGGAAUCUAUUCCAGGUGUCACACCAGCUAUAGCUAUGGCGGCAGCCACGGCAUUGAAAGACGCAUACAGCAUUGCGUUUCGCAAUGCCUGGAUCACAGCUGCGUGUUUUGUUUUUGUGGCAGCUAUCGCUACCUUGUUCCUGAUCAAUCCAUCAAAGGAUUUCAAUGCCCAUAUCGAUGCUCCUGCCGAAGAGACAGCACUUCAAACUCGAGCUGAGAUUGAAGCAGAGCUGGAUCAUGACAAGGAGGCUUCGCAACACGCACACCACGAGACGGUUGACCAGUGA